UCCCUCUCUCUCUCUCUCUACCAGAAAGCAACGCAGGUACUCUCUCUCGCUGUCUGCAAGAUCUAGGGCUCCAAAUCAGACAUUUCUCAUUUCUUAAAGCUUUCUAGAUUCAGAGUCAAAAGGCAAUUGUUGGAACAAUCUUCAACAGGAAAGAAAUGUCAGGCGGUGAAGAAGCUUCCAACAUUGUAGCUGAGACAUCUGCUCCAGCUCUAGGUGAGCCAAUGGACAUAAUGACAGCUUUGCAGCUGGUAUUGAAGAAAUCCUUGGCCCAUGAUGGGCUCGCUCGUGGGCUUCAUGAAGGUGCCAAGGUGAUCGAAAAGCAUGCUGGACAGCUAUGCGUUCUUGCUGAGGAUUGUAACCAGCCAGAUUAUGUCAAACUGGUUCGAGCCCUUUGUGCUGAUCAUAAUGUAAGCUUGAUAUCAGUGCCAAGCGCUAAAACUCUAGGCGAGUGGGCAGGGCUUUGCAAGAUUGACUCUGAGGGGAAGGCCCGGAAGGUGGUGGGUUGCUCCUGUGUUGUUGUCAAGGAUUAUGGUGAGGAAUCGGAGGGUCUUCAUAUUGUGCAGGAGUAUGUGAAGUCUCACUGAGUUGUAGUGAAAUUUUGAUUGAGGCUCUUUCCGGAUUUUGUAGACUCUCUUACCCCAAACCCACCCAAAUUAAAGAAUCUGAUGCUUAUGGGUUUUGGAAAAAAUCUUGCUACUUCAUAAUUCUAUUGCUUAGGAUAUAUGAAUGAGAUUUCCAUUUGCUCUUCCGAUGGAAGAAUUGUUUCUGGCCCUUGCUUUUAGACACAUUUUUCCAUGUUUUAGGCAUUUGCUCAUGUUAACGGGAAUCAAGAGUUUAUUUUUCU